AUGGCGCACGACCUGGCUGAGAAGUACCAGGAGGUGACUAACCUCAUUAAACACGAAAAGCCCCAGAUGCAUGAUAGAGCGAGGAUGAAGUGGUCGCCCGCGACCUUCCUAAAGUGCCCCGGCUGCUGCCAUGAGAACUGCCUCAAACCGGUGAUCGCCUCGAAGAAGCGUGCCAUCAACUGCCUCUUCCUCAUCGGGGGCACGCUGGGGUGCUGCACCAUCGAGCAACUCAAGUGCUUCGGCAAGCAUACCGGGAACCACCGCAACGGGGCCAAGGACAGGAUCGUCUAUCUCGUCUACCUCGGCAACUGUAAGCAGCUCGAGCCCGAGGUUCUGUUCGAGUUCGACAGCUAG